AUGACGACUAAUAUCUGUCCAGCGAUCUCUCACGGUCUCACUGGCCUUGGAGGUUGGCCGGAUCAUGGAGAGCAGGAGCUUGCAAUGUCCCCCUCGUCCCAUGGCCAAACGCCAGCUCAGCCACCACGUGGAUUUCCUCCUUCAAUCCAGGGCCCUGCCGUGUGGUCUGCGGAAGAUGAUGUGCUUUCUCAACCGCCAGCUCUUGAACUAGGACAGGCGGGUAUAGCUGAGAUAGAACAGGCCCUCAAGCACUUCCUCGGUCUCGGACUAGACGGAAACGAAGUAAGCAAUGAAAAUUUCCCUCUUCCUAUCUUGGGUUCUCAACUCAGGGAUUGUGCGGUCAAUAUUCACCGAGGAAGCGGCAUCUGUGUUGUCCGAGGACUUGCACCUGAAAAGCACUCGGCAGAAGAUAAUACCAUCAUAUUCCUCGGACUCGCCAGCUACAUUGGUGAUCAAAGAGGAAUGCAAAAUGCCAAGGGUGCGAUGCUGAGUCAUGUGUACGAGUCCAAGUUCUGGACCGUUCCCCGCGCAAAGCGUCAUGGAAUCCACACAAACAAGGGUCUUCCUUUCCACAACGACAUGGGAUGCGAGAUUCUGGCCAUUCAUAUCCGCAACUGUGCCGCUCAGGGCGGCCAAACAAGUGUGGCAUCGGCAGCAGCCGUGUAUAACGCUCUGAUGAGGAUCCAGCCUUGGGCAGUACAUGUAUUGGCAGAACCUAAGUGGCCUAUACAAAUAAGCACAAGACCAGGAGCUGCACCAUUUGUUCUCGGCCCGCUCCUCGGAUUCCAAUCAGGGAAUCUUGUUAUGUCAGUUGAUCCGGGUCGUAUCGGACCUCAUCCGGCCAUGGAGGCGGGUAGAAUUCCCGGUCUGCUCCCAGCACAGAAGCUAGCCUUGGCAUUGGUACAAGACACAGCCGCGGCGCAGCAGAUACGACUGCCCACACAGCAGGGUGACAUGAUAUUUAUCAACAACUGGAGUGUCCUACAUGCGCGUGAGCCUUAUGAAGACAGCGACUCUGCUACGCGACACCUUGUCCGUCUCUGGCUUCGAAAUUCAGAACUUAGCUGGGAGGUGCCUAAGACGAUGAAGACACCUUGGGAAGCGUCAUUCGGGACAAAGGCGAAGAAGAUAGUAAAUAAGCAGUACCCCGUGGCGCCCAUGCCGGAGUAUGUGGAACCAAAGUUUAGCAAUGGUUCAGCCGCCUUCGUCAUAGAGAGUGACGAGGGCGAGUGA